UUGAAUGGAAUUUUCACACACAGAUAUCAUCGGACAGAUGGGGGCUCAUGCAGCUGCUCUUUGAGGAAUGUUUGGCUUCUCAAACCAAGCGUACAUAAAUCCAGCCAUUUAUAUUUUAGAGGACCGGACUUUACUGCAGCUCACAAUUCAAAGUCAGCUUCGAAUUUACUAUUUUUUAAAAAUAAUAAAAAGAGUAUUUUUUUUUUUUCUCAGAUCCCCUUUACCUAUUCUGAAGUUCACCUCCAAAAAAGGGAGUGCACCUUUAAGAGUCUCUUUUUGUGAAGUGAGCCAAUUAUUGUUUUCAUAUCCCGGCAAACAGGGGAUACACAAGGAGAGCAGCCAAGUAGCUGCAGCAAGUCUGUCAUGCCUGAGCCGAGGCAAAACACUGAACCCUGAAUAAUACAGCUCCCGGGAAGCGUAGUGCGUUAUUGUACUGGGUGGAGAAAAUUGGCCGCUUUCAUAGAUCGCCAGGAACCAGACUAAAAGACGCCCAUCCGUCAAAAAGGUUUUGUCUCGAAGGAAUGGCUGCUUUCCUGUGAAAUUGCAAUGCAUACUCUGUUUAUCCAGGAAUCGGUCUGCGUUUGUAUUCUGCUGAGUGGAAUAACAACAGUUAUUUCAUCACUGCCGGUGAUCCCCAACAACAAAACCAUUCUGUCCAGAGUUGGGGACCAGACGACACUGCCCUGCACCUUCACUCCAAAGACCAGCGAUGGACUUAUAGUGACUUGGACUAAAAUACCGGGACAAACAGUCUACUUUUUCGCACAAGGCAAAGAGGAUGCUGGGAAACAGGAGGAGCGUUACAAGAACAGGACCUUUGUGAAUGAAAGCCGGUUCAACGAAGGCGAUUUCACUCUGUUUAUAGAGCAUACGAGAGUCUCAGAUGAAGGGAACUAUGAAUGUUUUGUUCGGUUCAAGCCUGCUGAUUUUGAAAGUAGCAGUUUAGAACUGUACGUUGCAGCAAACUACACCAAGCCAGUGGCUUCCUGUCUCCAGUCAAAAAGCGCCGGCAGUACCCAGGAGGCGAGCACUGUGACCCUGAGCUGCCAGACCGAGGGAGGCUACCCCGAAGCCCAGCUGGUAUGGACCUUUAGCAAUGGAACCCGAGUCCACAGUGCUGCCCAACGCAGAGCGAUUGACAGCGAGGGGCUGGUCAGUGUCCAGAGCAGCCUCGUCAUUGCCAGAGCUCUCAGUGAGAACCUCACGUGUGGAAUCCACAACAGUAGACUGAGCCAGAGCUUCUCCACCUCCGUCACCUGCAGCCUGCCGAGCUCAGCAGGAAGUUUCCAGAAUGAGGAACGAAAACGACCAGGCCUCCUGGCCUCCGUCGUGUGUUUUGUGUCAAGUCUCCUGUCACUGAUUGUGAAGAAGGCCUCCUGCUGCUGAUACAGUGUCAUACCUUUCACUGACAGAUUGUGAUGUAGCACACUUUAUGAAAGUAAUAGCCAUCCUAACCUAUGGUACUGGGUUUCAACACCUUCCAACGACAUUCAGACAGGAAGCUGGAGUUCCGGUGUCCAGUAGCAUUUACUUUGAUUAAUGACCCUGGACAAAAAACCAAUACCGACCCACUAUAAAACAAUAGGACUAAACGGCCAGCUUAAACAUCCUGUUUACAUUUCACUACUUGUUUCACUCAGAUCAGAUCUGUCUAAUAAAUCAAUAAUUCCUUCCAAUGAAACCAGUUUUUUUUUUAAACAAUAUCUGGUUAGGACCUGUUCAUUUGGCUAUUAGUUGGGCUCUUGCUGGACUGUCUGGUGCAGAGACACAGAGUGUACUUUCUCACGGGCGAAUGUUCUUCAUCAUUAAUUAGAUCUCGCUUCGAUCCCCUUUCUAUUGAAACUCCUGUAUUGUGUUUAUAUAUAUAUCCAAAAGAAAAAGGUAAUGUAGGUACACUAAAAUGUGAGUGAUUGAUUAAAAAAAAUCUAUUAUAUCA